GUUACUUAUGCUAAAUUAUUUCUAUAGUGUUGGAAGUGAAUUCAGCUGCUCUUUCUAAAACAACCAUCAUCCUUGGUGGAAGCUUUCGCAAUGUCGACUGGAAGAAGGGUCUCACCCAAAGAUAUACAAGUGCCAGUGGGGAAGUUUUGGUACUGCUUAAGAAAGGCACAGACAGAAUACACGAAAAGAGAAUGACUGGAGCUGUUGCAAUUUCUUCCUCUCGUAUUAACUUUGUAACUAUCUUGUGCAAAAUCUUAUAGAACGCUGUCUUCAAUUGUACAUGAACCAAAGGGAAGUUGUGGAAACUUUAUUAGCUCAGGCAAAGAUAGAACCAGGCUUCACCGAACUUGUUUGGCAAAAACUUGAGGAAGAGAAUCGGGAAUUCUUUAAGGCAUAUUAUUUGAGACUGACAGUGAAGCACCAAAUAAUAGAAUUCAAUAAGCUGCUUGAGCAACAGGUGCGAUUGAUGCAUCAAAUAAAUCCUGCAGGAGUUCCUUCAAUGCCUAGUUCUAAUGGAACUCAUAUCCCAUCGAUGCACCAAAGUUCAUCAUGCUAUGCCCCAGAUCACCCCGGAUCUGCUCUUAAGCCAGAGAAUAUGCAUCAUCUAUAUGGUUCCAGUAUGACAAAUGCUUACACCAAUGGUGGGUCAUCGCUGCACUCAAGUAUGCGCACUGCUGUUGAAAUGUCUGCACACGCAAAUAGAAUUGAUGCCCCUCCAAACAUGCUCUCAACCCAGAGCUCUAACAUGGGUUUGAUGCAAGGAUUAAAUGGUGGAAUGAUCAAAUCUGAAGCUGGUUAUUCAGGAACUCCCCCUUAUAUGUUUGCUGCAGAUGGAAAUGUCUUGGAAGCUCGUCCAUCAAUUGCGGAUGCAUCUGUUGCAUCUUUCAGUAGUGUAGAGUCCAAUUCACAAGCUAUAAACGAACCACUUCUGGAAGCAGACACUUCUUCUUAUGGAUUUUUGAACCAGAUUCCUCGAAAUUUCAGUCUCUCUGAUUUGGCAGCUGAUUUUGCUCAGAGUUCAGAUAUACUGGAAAACUAUGCCAGGUCACCCUUCCUGUCAUCAGACAAUGACAGUUUUCUAGACUCUCAUGAAAGAGAAAACCAAGGUGACAAUAAAAGGUUGGACACUAUAUCAGAAGGUGUAAGUUAUGAUGAUUUUGGAAGUGAAUAAUCAUAAAUUCCAGUGGUCCAACUUGCAAUCGUUUGGCCAGGUCUGUAAAUAGCAUUUUAGAAGAGUAAAAACUUCAGGUGUAGGUAUUGAUUGGUGUGUACAAUUUCACUUGCUACGGUUUGUAGCAUAUGAUACUUUGACAUUAGGAUUGUUUAGAGGGAACUGUCCGAAUAAUGCAACAUUUCCAUAUUUAUAAUGGAAUCUUAGGAAAAUGGGUACUUUUGUAUGGUUUGAUGGUUCCUUAUUGAUUGUUUCAUAUAAGAAAUUGUGCUUUUCUUGGAAA